GGCCGAGCAUCUCGACGGCGCAAGGCAGGGUCCACACCUCCAACGGAAGAAUAUAUCGCUAGUUAGGUCGUUAGAAGAUUUUCUCCUUCUGAGAUAGCACUAGGCCUAGUAGCCGGCGGAACGAACAGGGAAAGGGAGCACCCCUGAACGGAUGCCCAACGGGCGAUGAGCUCCAUUUUGUGCAGCCGCCACCUCGAGCUUUUUUCUUUCUUCUAUUUCUCUGCCUUGUGAAGCUCUCAGCAGCCACAGACAUUUGGUCCUUUUUCUAGAGCUUCCUACACGACAAAAGGGAGAGGGGCACACAGACUGCGUCAAAAUGGAGGCAUAUGGCCCAGGUAGUGGCCGCCCAGGAAAUAAUGUAUGUGUCAUCGGCACUGGUGUGACGGGGCUGUUGGCGGUGAAAAAUCUGGUCGAGCAAGGCUUAAACGUCAGAGCUCUGGAGCAAAGCGAGAAUCUCGGCGGCAAUUGGUACCAUUCGAUGGAUACGGAGCAAGUGUCGGCGUUACCAGAGACGAGGGUGAACAUGUCGAAAGAAACAAAUUGUUUUACAGAUUUCCCAAUGCCAGAUGACUAUCCGUCAUUUCCUUCCGCGAAACAGAUAGGCGAGUACUUGGAAGCAUACGCAGAUAAAUUCGAAUUGAUCAAACAUAUCGAGCUAUCGACAACUGUGACGAGUAUCCGACGAGACGAAGAAGACGGCGUUUGGAUCGUAUCCACGAGGCACACAAAAACCGGCGAAGAAGAAGAGCGAGAGUACGACAGAGUAGUGAUGGCGACGGGAGGUCUCAAUGUCAGAAACAUGCCCGAGAUCAAGGGUAUCGAAAAAUUCGCUGGAGAUGCCAUACACUCUCGCGAUUUUAAAGACCCAGCACAAUAUGCCGGAAAGAAUGUCCUGGUCGUGGGCCUGGGUUCUACCGGAGCCGAUACAUUGAGCUUUCUGAAGCAGGCCGGUGCAAAUAAGUUAUAUCUCAGCAGCAGAAGCCGAUGUUCACUGAUCCCUAGAACAAUUGGAGGACGGCCGUGGGACCAUUAUUUGACCCGCCGUGCCGAUUCAAUGAUGCGACGCUCAAUAGCAUGGUCCCCUCAAGUCUCGAAUUAUGUUGCCGGUAAAGCAAUUGGCCUCAUACAAAGUUAUACGUUUCCGACCCUGAGGGGACAUCCUUGCUUCAGCGGUGCAGUCAGCGGUCCGCUGUACCGCAGUCCGUUUGUCUGCGAUGAAUUGCCAAGCCUCCUAGACAGCGGUGAUGUAAAAGUUUAUGGAGGUAUUAUGGGAGUUGCGGGUCCCCGUACUGUGGUGUUCAAGGACGGCAGCGAGAUUACAGAUGUAGACGCAAUCAUUUUUUGCUGCGGCUACUAUCAUGAUCUCUCUCUAAUCAAGGGAGAGGGGAACCCUGCGGAUGUGGAAUACACUACAGACUCAUUUGAGCAGCUGAAGCAGGCAAAACACCACAUCACCAAUAGCCAAUAUCAAAGACUCUAUCACGGUAUUCUAUCAGAACGAUAUCCGGAGUCGUUGGCCGUGCUGGGUGGCCUCACAACAGUGCGACCUACAUUUGUGCUCUACGACCUUGCUACUAUGGCACUCGCCAGCCUUUGGUCUGGGAGUUAUCCACUGCCUUCGCCACGAGCAAUGAAGAGAGAGAUUGACUCUCAUUACAAUUUCGUGGUACGAGCGCUUGAAAACGGCCCGAUGUCAUUCCUUGGCCUCCGCAUAGAUGUGCGAGGGACCUACAAAUGGCUAAAUGCAACUGCUGGAACUGGAGUCAUUGAACGACUUGAAGGGUGGGGCUGGGAAGCGUGGAAGUUCUGGUGGAAAAACAGGACACUGUUCAAGUACAUCAUGAAUGGACCUAACGUUCCGGCUGUAUACAGGCUCUUCGAUAUGGGUAGGGGGAGAAAGCCAUGGGAUGGGGCUCGAGCAGCUAUUGAGAAGGUCAACGAGGAGCCCAUAAAGAAGGCUGCUGAGAUGCCUAAGGAGCAGACCAAAGAAGUGGCCAACGACGAGACAAAGGACGAGGCAAGAGAUGAAGCAAGAUAUGAAACUGGAAGCGAGACUGAAAGUGAGGCCGAAGAGGAGGUUGAGCAUAUCACUGGAGAAGCCACCGAAGAGGCCCACGCUGCGGAUAUGAUGAAAGUGGAAGCAAUGGAUUACAUGGAGCCUGAGGACGAAUCAACUCUUGCGAUCCAUACUCCAUAUCAAACAGAUGAGUAAAGUGAGCCAAAGAAAGGAGAGAGUAAAGGCUGCCACAAUGGCAGAAACAAAAGUUCAGAGACAGGGAACAAAGGACACAGGGCAGAGAGAGGAGAGAGACGAAAGCCCAAAGGGAAAUUCGUCGGGGCAUGGCGAUAGGACACUAGAAUAAGCAUCCCACACAAGGCAUUCAACGCAUGAUAAUGAGAUAAUGAUAAUGAGACAUGAAUAUAAAAAUGGACGCAAAUAUUGAGUGCACGGUCGUUGGUGGCGCC